GAAGGUUUUCUCUUGGAUUCCUGUUGUUUUUAUCGCUCUGGUGGUCGGCUGGUCGUACUAUGCGUAUGUCGUGGAGCUGUGUAUCUUCACAAUCAGGAACACUGGUGAAAAAGUGAAGAAUUGAGUGUCUUGGAGUUUGUCGGACACAGAAAAUGAAUUGCUUUGCAAGGCUGUAUGUUGCACUGCUCCAGGAUGUUCCACUCCUACAUUGUCUACCUUGUGAUAUUCCAUCUAUCAUUCAUCAUGUUUGUAUGGUCCUACUGGAAGACCAUUUUCUCAAAACCAGCCAAUCCAUCCAAAGAGUUCUGUUUGCCCAAAGCAGAUAAAGAGCAGUAUGAGAGAGAAGAAAGGCCAGAAGCGCAACAAGAAAUCCUCAAGAGAGUAGCUCAAAACUUGCCUCUCUACACCAGGACAGGCACCGGAGCUGUACGGUACUGUGACAGGUGUCAAGUAAUAAAACCUGAUCGAUGUCACCACUGCUCUGCAUGUGAUAUGUGUGUUCUGAAAAUGGAUCACCAUUGUCCUUGGGUGAAUAACUGUGUUGGAUUUUCAAACUAUAAGUUCUUCGUCCUGUUUUUGGCAUAUUCAUUGCUCUACUGUUUGUUCGUUGCUGCCACGGUGCUGCAGUAUUUCAUUAAGUUCUGGGCACUUUGCCGCAGGAAAGCUGCAGAGAAUUGUCCAAAGAGUGAACUUCCAGACUCUCACGCCAAAUUCCACGUGCUGUUUCUGUUUUUUGUGGCCGCCAUGUUCUUCAUCAGUAUUCUGUCCCUGUUCAGUUACCACUGCUGGCUCGUUGGUAAGAACCGAUCUACCAUAGAGGCUUUCCGUGGACCUGUGUUCAGAAAUGGUCCAGAUAGAAAUGGGUUUUCACUUGGGUUCAGCAAGAACCUGAAGGAAGUGUUUGGAGAUGAGAAGAAGUACUGGCUGCUGCCGGUGUAUACGAGCUUGGGGGAUGGAUCUACUUUCCCAACACGACUGGUCAGUCUGGAUCCAGAGCAGCCCACUAUAGACGUCCAACCAGAAUCUACUAAAAGGUAUUCUAAAUCAGUGAAGUCCCUCUCGGCCAAUUAAAAUAGCUUGUUUCUCAAGAUUCCAGAACAUUUUGUUUUGUUGCUUCAAUGUACUGGCAACCUCCAGCCUCAGAUUGACUUAGGAUAAUUCUAACAUGCUGGGCCAUUCUUAAUGUAUUAUUUUAUUAAUUUAUUACAGCCAAGCUUUGUAGAAGUAGACAUGAGUAAUCGAGUGAAAUGCUUGAACCCUUAUCUGAGAGCCACAGCUGCGAUCAAGCAUACACUCAGAAAAACAACACCAAGAAAAAGCUUCAUCAGUUUAUUCAGUUACACACACCUAGCAUUAUUCCAGUCUUACUGUAACUAACUGAAUGGUUGAGGUGUUUUAAAAGGUUAAAACUCUUGUUUUUUUUGUCAUACUGUUGCUCUACACAUGGCUAUCCUCAUCCUUUUAGCUCUACUCUUGUGAUGUCCUGAAGUAUUUAAUUUCAUGCUUGCUUUCACACUCUGUGUAAUGACUAGGAGAUUUCAGUCACAUGUUGAGUUUGACGUAAAGGGUCCAGGGAAAUGAAUAGCAUGAUAGAGGGGACCCAAAAAUGUGACUUUAUUAGGUGGCAUGAUUUUGUUUUUCAAAUGAAUGCUUGCCAUCAACACCCCACUUUCAGGUUUUAUAUAAAUCCUUGUGAUGGUUGCUUUUCAAAGAGGUUUUAUUAUUAGGGUUAUUAUUGGGAUCAGGGACAUUUUUCAAAUCCUGCAAACUAUUUGAUUAUGUUUACGUUGUAUUUCAUGUUUUAUUUGAAAUGUUAUUACGGUACA